AACAUUAUACCAUGGGGAUGCAACUGAAGUACAAUAAUUUUCUGAGGUUUUUUUUUAGAAAUGCGCCAUCUAGUGACGGAUGCCCCGUAACUUGGGUAUUUGUACUUCGUUUUAGUCACUAGAUGUCACUGCACCUUAGACCGAUAUUUCAUCGAUUUAAUAACAAAUCUAAAAAAAGUUUUGUGAUUAGAAAUAUUAACAAAUAUUGUAAUUAAAUAAUUUUAUGAUUUAUUUUUAAUUCUUUUUUAUCUAUGAGGACGUCUUAGUUAAUCACAAUAAUCACACUACUUGAAACCACUUGAAACACUGACGAUUGACAUUGACAGUCGACCAUACUUUUAAAUUAAACCGUUUUCCGUUUUCUAACGUGUUGGUUUAUUCUGAGUGUUAUUUUCUGGUUUUUUUAUUACGAUUGUUGCGUGUUCCUGGACUCUGAUACUGACUGCUUCUGUGAUUGACCUGGCUUCGUAUUUUGGACCUGUGAUCUACUGCAUUUUCAUUGACCCGGCUUUGUAUUUUGGAACCUCGAUCGACUGCUUUUACAUUGACCCGGCACCGUAUUUAGGACUAGAAAAUGCGUCCAGUGGAUCGUCUUAGGGGCGGAAUGCCAUCAACGUCAAGAUAUAAGUGCUACUUUGAUUGUGACAAUGACGGCCCAUUGCACCGAUUUCCUAAACCUGAAUACCCACAUUUGGAAAAGUUUAACUCGUGGAAAAAAGUACUAGAUAAAGCUUUACAAGAGAAAGGCGACAUCUACAUUUAUAACCAAAUUCGAUUUUGCGACAGACAUUUUGAAGAGUGUUACCGUUCAGCCAGUCACCGACUUACUCCAAAUGCAAUACCAACUCUAGAUUUAUCUACAUUACCAGUUGGUCAAACUCUUGAAGGUCCAUCGGGACAUGUCGAGGCAGACAUGUCGAAUUUAUUAAACAUUUCGCAAGAUAAACUUGCUGUCAUUGAGCCAUCCAGCUCUACCCACUAUCAUAGUGAUGUACAGAAUGCAUUACAGACAGCUGAACGCCCUAAAGGUUCUAGGAAAAGAGGGACUUGUCAAUAUUUAAAACGAGUCGUCACCUCCAAAGAGAAGGAGAUAAUAAAGUUAAAACAGAAAGUAUUGAAGCUGAAAAAGAAAUAUAAGGAACAAAAUAACAAGAAACUCUCUGCAAGGAAAAUUUCCACAUCAAAAUCAUUUUUGAAAGAGUUAAAUAAAAUGCCUGCAACAAUAAAAAUAUUUACUUCCCUCAAAUGAAAUGGAAAAAGAAAC